GCUGUUACGGUGCUGUCACGAUGUCGUGGGGAGGAAUGGCGUUUUUCGGCGAUAGUUCCUCGGCAAGCUGCACGCGAUCUGUUUCGGAGUUGAUACUCGAUGGAUGGCCGACCAACUCGAGAUUCCCUACCGUCCGAUUAAAGCCCGGACGUGAAUCCCGUCUGCGUAGCGCGUGACGGUGUCUUCUCUUUUACGCGCUUCGCAUCGCGGGACCUUGAGACGUUUAUUUCCCCGUAAAUGCCCAUCGCGGCAAGCAUGCACUGCCUAGGCGCAGUGACGGGUGGCACAGCUAGCCCCAAUGGGGUUAGCGGUCGAGGAGGUGUUCUGAAUGUGGUCCGAGCUCUUGGAGUCCUUGUAAACGAAGGAAGAAUCCAGGGUCCUCCGCGUGGGUACAAGGAGGGUCCUCAUUGCUCCGCUCCUCUUCAGGCAGCACCGAACAAUCAUUUGUGCGAAAAGGAUAGCUACUUGUGUGACCGAUACCAUGUAUUGAUUCGAGAGAUUGCAGACCGCACCGCAAUUGGUUCAUUUCUGUGCAUCGAGGUGUUAUUAUGCAGCGAUUGUCCAUGUGGUCUGGCGAAAGCCACCUGCAAAGAUCCAGUGUUUCCCAUACCAUUCAUAUCCAUACCUCCCUGGCAACACUCUUCCGAGAUGUUGCUCGAAUACUGGUGCAUCAGCAUCGUACCGAGCAAGGGCCCGGAAAUGAUGAAUUGUCAGGGGCUUUAUCAAGCGGUUCGUUCGAGACUGCAUUUCAGCCAAGUUGCUGCCUGGUGGUCCCGGAGCUGUGGCGCGAAUCCAAGUUAUAUUGCCACCAGAGUGGUGCCCUACAACGAAGACAAUCUCAGAAGGUUUCGCGAACCACCGACCGAGCACACCUUCCCUUUGGCUGACAGUUCCGAUGGGAAUUCCAUCAAGGUAACCGUGUGGGCACUGCCGCGGAUGGAAGAGGUCCCCGUUCUGAUUUGUCCGAUCCACCCGAAGACGGAGAGGGCCAACGAGGAGGGCGUUGCGAGGGCGUUAACGCCGACUAAAAAUAUUCUCCCCGUACCUGCGGUCUCGCAUAAUCCAGAGUCACUGGUGUUGCCUGCCUUGGUGGACGACAGACUGCAGACCCCGUGCAACGAACCAGGGAAACAUCACUGUCGCUGCGAAGAAGAGGAUGGAUGCCCACCUUCGCCUUCGAUCAGGCCCAACGGAGAGAGAAAACGACGCAGAUCCCUUCCAUGCGGUCCUGUGGAUGCGAGUCCUUGUCCUGCGAUCCAUCCAGCUACUCUGCCAUCGGUCCAGGAGUCUGCAAUGAAGGAGACAACACCAGGAAGGGCAAUGAAGAGUGAUCAUAAUACCACAGCGCAGUGCUCUACGUACCUCAUCCAGUCAGAGAGUCCUGGUUAUCGGAGCAAGAUCACCAACUUCGAAAGGGAACAACAGGAAGGAAGACAGGAUGGUUCUAGGAGUAGCAAUGACUUUGACAGAUUGGAUCGGAGCUUUCGUUUGCAGAUGAGCAUCGGAGAGCAAGAGGGCAACGUGGAGAAACGAUACAAGCCCACUGUGGAGGUUCCAGAGGAUAGGGAAGCUAGGAUUGGUGAACGCAGGAGCAGAAUCGACCGCUCGAGGGAGCAAGAAGGCUCCUUUCGUGACAACUGUCAAGUAGAGUACAGGGCAUACAAGAACGAGGAGCCCUUUGUUACUUUUGCUGCCCCACUGCAGUGGCCCUACGAGGAGUGCUGGAAUGGAAGCAGUCUACAUCACAGGGAGGGCUCGAUGGAGAACGUCCAUGGGCUGCGAGAAAAGUCUGACGGCGGGUCGAGUCGUAGGAUAAUCCCCCCCGUGACCCUGAUACCGCGUGAGAAGAAUUUCGUGGUGAAUCCGUUCGGUGAGCGUAGUCCCUUUCAUGAAUCGAAUCCUGGUCCUUCGACGUAUAGUUUCGACCCCCGAUCCAAGGUGAAUCUCUCCUUAUCAGCCUGCUCGGUCCAUCAGAGUCGGUCGAAGACCUCGGGUAAGCAAGUUGGCGCAAAGGGUGCACCCACUGGGAAGGAUUUCCUGAAGAGCCUCGACCCGAAGAAGGAAACCAAGUCCUCGUCGAAGGAUCUCUCGCAGCUUAUGUCAAAGUUGACACUUCCCGAGGAAAGGGAGAAGACCAAGGAAGAAGGUGGUAUCCUGGAUUGGUUCAGCAAAGUGCCAGGGAGAGUGCUCGGAGUCACCGGCAAUGGAGUGAUCGACGAGAAGCCCGUAAGUGUUAUCGAAUCUAAAUCUCAGGAUCCACAGGCAAACGGAGUUAAGCUCAAGAACUGCAACCUGGAGCUGAGUCAGCGGGAGUUCGACGAGGUCUUGGCCGUGCUGCGAGCGAGGACUCCUUCGGGUCGCAGACGAGGUCCUUUGAGGACGCUCAAGAGAACGGAUAAAUCUGAUCGAAGCGAGGAAGGAAGCACCGAUAAAGUCGCCUCCAGGGUGGCUUCUGCAGACAGUAUGGACAAUAGGGCGCGUUUGGAGAAUAACCGUGCCGUGAGUUUCGACGGCUGCGUGUGCAAGUACUGCCGGAGGAACGACCAGCUCUCCGUCACGUACGCCCCGUCGCCGAAAUUACAGCCGUUGUCCAGUCGGCUCCAGAUCGUGUACAAGAAUAAAAAACCAGGAGGUGGCAGCGAAGUCCCGAAAUGGCAGGAAUCCGAAGCAGAGGAUACGUUCGACCCUGACAAGUCGAACAAGUCCACGGAGUGUCGGUGCAGCGCUUCGAACAAGGCCGACGUCCUGCUGGAAGCCAUCCUGCGGACGAGCAAAGAUAGAAAGGGCCUAUCCGACAUUUCUAAUGGGACCAGGCCGAGGACGGGCCAACAGUCGAAACCAGUUGUUUCCGCCGAUCCCUUGAGCCGCACCGGCCCAGAGAAGCCUGGGGCGGACUCCAGGAUCGCGCCGUACGAGGACGAGAGGUCCUUACAGUCUGCGCUGAACAAGCGAUUCAAUCGGUUCAGGCAGUUUUUUAAGAGGGAGCAAGAGACAAGGGAAACGUUGACGUCGGAAGGUCAUUCCAAAGAGCGUUCGGCUAGUCCCCCGUGGCAUCCAGCUGUCAUUGGCAAGUCUGCCAGGCAGGGGUCGAACCACUCCCAGGGCAGCCCACCCCAUCCGGUGCAAAGCCAAAGGGGCCCGAAGGAGCCUAACAGGGUCAAGAGGAGGAUCAACUACUCAGACUCUCCGAGACAUCCCAGAUCAACCGAAGAAGACUCUUCCCCUGAGGGUUAUUUCCCUGAACCGAUAUUCCAUAGUACAAAUAGCGAAGAGGAGGAUGAAGAAGACGAGGAGGAGGAGGAAGAGGAGGACACUCGUGACGAAGAUUGCUUCGACUCGUCCGCAGUAUUUUGGAUCAGGAGGGACCAUCAGGCUGGGAAACCGCAAAGUACAAAUCCGGGUGGCAAGGGAGGCUUCGAUGCACGUCGAAAGAACUCCUGGCGUAGGAGCAAUGGACAGGUCCUGGAGAAUGGCCUUGGAACCAGCUCGGAGCAGCGCGAUGUCUCUUUAGCCUCCAGCCUUAGAAGCAAUAAAGUUAACCACCAGGAGAGGGUGCACGUGCCAGCUUUUAAAACCCUUGAUAACGGCGUGGCUGUCGAUGAAGACGAAGCCGUCGAUAAAGGAGUACCUUCUGCCAUCGAACAGGAGAGGUUCCGCAGGUCUCUCGAAAACGCUGCGUCUAUGGUGUUCCAUAGCAGGACUGGGCUGCCCUUAACGUCCAGCCCUGCACCGCUAAGGAGGGGAAGCUGCUGUUUCGACUACGACAGCAGCUUGAACUCGGUUUCUUCUAAGAGGAGUGCCUUGUUCGAGCUCAACACCCCUCCAAGUCCUGGGGCGGUUUCACUGGAGGAGACGGAUCGAGAGACGGAGAACCUUGGGGAGGGCGAGGAGGUCCCGAAGAGGCGAUCCACGUCUCGAAGCCGACCUCAGAGCCACGCUCUUUUGGGUAACUUCGAGGAAUCUGCCCUAAAUGGCAGACUCGAGCCAGUCUCUACGGUGCAUGGCUUCACAGCGGAGUUGGGUGCAAGCGGUUCCUUCUGUCCGAAGCAUCGGAAGCUUCCUGUGACGGUAUUCUUUUACACCCUCGGGGACAACGACAAAGUCUCCACGCCGUACCUCGCUCAUAUAAACCUAGGAAAGAAGGGAUACCAAGUGCCAAGGAGCGGCACCAUACAGGUGACCCUCCUCAACCCUUUAGGCACCGUCGUGAAGAUGUUCGUAGUACUCUACGACCUCUCCGACAUGCCGCCACGUUCUCAUACUUUUUUACGUCAGAGAACACUGCGCGACAAGACAUUACGCUACCUCGUACAUCUUAGAUUUAUGUCCAGCAAGUCAGGUCGGAUUUACUUGCACACCGACAUCCGUAUGAUCAUUUGCCGGAAGUCCGACGUUGACACGGCGUCGGAGUUCGGUACGGAGCCCUCGAAGGAGCUCAGAAGCUACAUCCACGGCCCCACGAAUCCGAAAUUCUCCCCGAGGUGCUGAGCCGCGUGGCUCUUCCCGUGGAGCUGCUGCCAGACGUUCCCACCUCCUAGUCCCCCGCACGUCGAGGUCUGAGAGAGCCUCUUCGAGGACUCCUUGAUAUCCGCGAAAAAGAUCGCCGAGGGACGAGGGAGAAAUGCCGAACGAUGGACAUGAAAAGAGAAGGAAAGAAAAGGAAGAAAGAAAGAAAAAAAAAA